CUUUUCACUCACUGGUAAGGAAACUGCUGUGAGAGACGCAGAGAGGAAUACACUUCCAGAUCUUCCCUAAAUAUCCAGGGAAUGGCGUCCACUUUCAGCCUCCUGUCUGAAAGGCACUUCCUGUGCUCACUGUGUGAAGAUAUCUUCAGCAGUCCCGUUACCACACCAUGCGGACACAACUUCUGCAAAGUGUGUCUGCGGAAGUACUGGAGCCGCUCUGACUCGGAGAGCUGUCCUCUGUGCGGGAAAACCUUCGACUCUAAGCCUCACAUCAGCGUGAACCGCAUACUGGCGGAUGUCACUGAGCAGUACAGGAAGUCCCGCUCAGAGACUAAACCCAAGGCCCACAGUGUGGAUGACCUCCUAAGUGAACCUGUGCAGAAGACUGAUGCAGAUGUAGAGCGCAUGAUUGAAGAGAGAAUCCUGAAGGUGGACAAACUGAAGCAGUCCCUGAAACUCCUAAAAAGCUCAUGUCUGAGGGAGGUUCAGGAGAGCAGGAGGGUUUUCUCGGACCUCCUGAGCUCAGUAGAGACGGCCCAUAAGGCAGUGGUGGCAGCAGUGGAGGAGAAACAGAGAGAGGCAGAGAAACGGGUAGACAGACUGGUACAGAAUCUGGAGAAGGAGAUCCUCCUGCUGAAAGGUGGACAAGCCAAACCAGAGCUUCUGCAAGAAGGCAAGGAACAUUUUACUAAGAGUUUCAGUCACUUGCCCACAGAGAUGAGGGAUUGGUCCAGAGUCACACUAGAGACAGACCCUUGUUUGGGCUUCACCAGGAAAGCUAUGGUGGACCUCAUGAAUGCUGUGAGGGUGGAGGCGAAUAAGCUCAGUAAAACAGAGCUGAAGAAGAUGCAGAAAUAUUCAGUGGAGAUCACGCUAAAUCCCCGCACAGCUCAUGCCCACCUCGCCGUAUCGGAAGACAAGAAGGAGGUCUGGCACACCAACAAACAGCAGGAGGUCCCAGAGAACCCCAAGAGGUUUGACCGUGUCACCAACGUCCUGGCCAAGGAAGUCUUCAGCUGUGACAGGCAGUACUGGGAGGUGGAAGUGGCCGACAAGACGGACUGGGACUUGGGCGUGGCCAAGCAGACAGUCAACAGGAAGGGCAAGUUCACAGUCAGCCCGGCCAACGGCUUCUGGAUGCUCAGUCUGAGGAACGGAAGUCAAUAUACUGCAAACACAGUACCGCCCACCUGUCUGGCCCUUACUCUCAAACCCAAAAAGGUGGGCGUUUACCUGGAUUACCCGGGGGGUCGUGUAUCCUUCUUCUGUCUGGAUUCUGGGGUUCACAUCUACACUUUCACGGACACGUUCAAUGAGAAACUCCAUCCAAUCUUCAGCCCUGGCCGGCCGCAUGGAACCAAGAACAGUGCCCCACUUAUUAUCACCAGCAGCUGCUGCAGCAUCUAAUGGCACUUGUUGUUUUUCUACUAGAGCAGAAAAACAUAUGUCCUCCUGAGAAGAAACUCUGUUUCCGGCACUUUCACAUUCACUUUCACUUUAACUGUAUUAAAUAAUAUUAAUAUAUUGCUACACUGUGUUGUUCUAUAUGUUUGUACCGGUAUAUGUUUUUUAUGUUUUACUUCUAAUAUUACCACAUUUUCUUUCCAAUUUGAACUCCCCCUACCACUAUCAAAAAACCCCAUUCAACACUAUUAGAAUGAAGGCUGGCAUAUGCCUCCUUUGUUACAUGUAAAGUCAGCCACUGGCUACUGAUGCAGCACCACUGGGUAGCCUAUGCUGAAAAAUCUCACACUAGGACCCAAAAGUCAGUGGUCAAUGGUUAGCAUUGCUCUCUCUCAGACUCUGGCUGCUGAUGGCAAGCAACAUUUAAACUUUUAACAAGUGAUCUUUGGAUUAUAAUGGCAGCACCUUACUCUGCUGGAGUGUUUAAUCCACAUAUAUUUUACUUUAUAGAUGUUAUAUUACACUAUAUGCCUAAAUGUUUCAAAUGAAUUGCUGAAACCAAUUAUUAAAUACACACACACACACAGCUUGUCAAUCCCCUUGUCUACUGAAAGUACCAGCAAUAACCUAUUGCCAACUUGUCCAACGUCAGGCAUGUGUUAUAGGGGUAUAAAGCCCCAAAGCACUGAGGUGUGGAGCUGUGGAAGACUUGUAGGGUGGUUAUCACCCAACAUCUUGACCUCCUGUUGCUGAAUGCAAUCAAAUUCCCACAGCAAUGAUGCAAAAUGUGUUGGAAAACUUUUGUGUAUACCACUUAGUGUAGGUUUUGUAUUACUUGUAAAUACAAAUUGAAUAGACCUAAACCGAUAUUAAAUAAACAAGUAUUAAGUCAUAA